AUGCAAAUACAACCAACCAUCCCUCACUCUUCCAUGGAAACACACAAGAAAAAGAACAGCUCAAGCAACUCCUUCUCAUUCCCAAGCACCCCAAACCAAGACUCAGACUUCGAGUUUGGGUCUCUAACCCCAGACUCACCCUCCAUUGAACCCUUCACAACCUCACCAGCCGAUCAACUCUUCCUCAAUGGUCGCCUCCUACCACACUCUUUCCCUCUAUUUCAACACCAACACAACCACCCCACGAGCCGAACCAGCAGCAUCAAUAGCAGCAAAGACUCGUUCCUCUCAUCACGAAGCAACAGCACCAACAGCAGCUGCAGCAGUGCAAGAACAAGCUCUAGUGACACCUCCGAAAGCAGGUUGUUCCACAACAAGAUCAAGGGUGGUACAUAUAAAUCAAUGGUUUCUUCUCAUUAUCAAGCAUAUGGGCGUUCUCAGAGGUGGCAAUAUAUAACGCCAGUGCCAGUGUUGAAUCGUGAUGGGUCAAUGAGAACAAAAAGGAACAUGCAACAAGGGAAGAAGAAGGAUAAGAAGAAUAAAAAGAAGAAGGAGAAACUGAAAAAGAAAGGAGUGAAAUUGAGGUUUGGAAGGAGAAUUUUCCGGUGGUUUGUGAUGGCUUGUAGAGAAUGCCAUGCCAUGGAACCAUCCAAGGUGAACAAUAAAGAGAUAUGA